UCUCAUCACGAUGGCUGACUGUAAGCUUCUGGGUUUGGUCUUGGCUAUCAUCGGCUUUUUGGGGAGCAUCAUCACCUGUGUGCUCCCCAUGUGGAGAGUGACAGCCUUCAUUGGUACCAACAUUGUCACAGCUCAAGCAAUCCAUGAGGGCUUGUGGAUGAGCUGUGUGGUCCAGAGUACGAGCCAGAAGCAGUGUAAGGUCUAUGAUUCGGAGUUGGCCUUAUCUCAAGAUUUGCAGGCUGCCCGAGCGCUCAUCAUCAUCGCCAUCCUGUUAGGGUUCUUUGGGAUCCUGUUUGCUGUAGUUGGGUACAGGUGCAGUAACUGUAUGAUGCAUCAAAGACAAAAUAGCAAUGUGACUAUAGCUUCUGGGGUUAUCGUCAUCAUUGCAGGUGUCUUGCUCCUAAGCCCUGUAACUUGGACAGCCCACGCUGUGAUUAAGGAUUUCUACAACCCACUCUGGUCCGCUUCGCAGAAGAGGGAGCUGGGAUCAUCGCUUUACAUCGGCUGGGGCUCUGCAGGACUGCUGUUCCUGGGAGGAGGCCUCCUCUGCAGCUCCCGUCCUCGUAUGAAUGACACUGACUGUGAGGUUAGGUACUCCAACCAUCGUGCUGUUUAAGUCCUGCAUUUAAAUACAAAACUAAUGAGAACAAGAAAAGUUUCAUCUCCUGUUUUUCUCCUGAGUAAAACAACAAAUUAGAUAUUUUAUUUGUAUGCUUUAGGAAAACUGUAUUGCAGCAGAAAUCACAUCAUACUUCCGUCAAUUAGGAAAGUAACAUGAUUCAAAUAAGCAGCAAUGUUUGCAGUACAAGUGUUUAACUUUACUGAAGUUUUUACUUCUUACUUUUUACUUGCAUCCAGAAUAUAUUGAGGGAACACAGUUCAGUGUUUUGAAUCUCUUUGUGUGCUUAAAGAGAUUCAAAUACAGUAAAUUACAAUACAUUUUCUAAGAUAUUUUACACCAUGAUAGAGAUUUAGUUCACAUUUCUUUGUUGUUCAUGCUGUGUAAUAUAUAUUAUAUAGGUUAUUCUCACUGAGUUUUUUUUCUGGGCUCUUUAGGAAAUUCAAAGGAUGUGCAUUAGAAACUGCCAUGAAAUCUGACUGUGUAGUCAGUGAUUAAAGUCUAGAAGUCUAGGCCUCAUCUUUGACUGGUCUUUCUUUUUUUUGUUGAAUAGUUUUCUUCUGUUUUUUGUGUCUUUCUUAUAAUGUAUAUGUAAUAUGAAAUUAAGGUAAACAUUAGAAGCAUGUAAGAUCAUGUGUUUGCUUUUUUAAUCUUAGCAUAGCCACUCUUUUUUUUCAAGAGUAUAAUAAACAGAGUAAAAGGCAAUUCGUGUUUUCAGUUUAUGGAGUAUUUCUUAUAUUUAUGGGACUAGAUGCGAAUUAAAUUGAAAUCAGUUUAAAAAUAUCUUCUGUGUUUUAUUGGUUUGUUUUUAGUACAUGAAUUUUAGUCUUUCUGUAAUUAACUGGUUCAAUAUUAAUGAUCAUGUCACAGAUUUGCAUUUUCUAGCUGAAUAGUUUUCAGAUUGUAUUUGUUUUGUGUUUGUUGUAAUGCAUAUGCAGCAAAAAUUAUUUUGUCAAAAGGUGAA